AUGAGCGACAGCGACAGCGCCAACACCAACACGACGAGCGGCAGCAGCACUACGCUGCCUCAGCCUCCCACGAUGGGCCACACGCUCUCGUGCUCCUCGUCUUCCAUCCCCGUGUCGUCGAUUGAGCUUUCGGGCUCGCGUGGCUUCAUCCCCCUGCGCCGCCGCAGCAGCGUGAGCCGUCCCCGCGACGUCAUCAUCGUCGUCAAGAAGCUCCCCGUCCGCAUUCAGCUGGAAAGCGAUGGUGAGCUGCAGGUGAUCGAACAGCGUGAGAGCGACUUCUUCUCCACCAUCAAGUCCAUGGAGAGCGCAGGCUCGUGCCGCGUGACGUGGGUGGGCAGCGUGCAGACGGAGCAGAUUCCCGAGGACAGGCAGGAGGAGCUGACGCACAUGCUGCGCGGCCGCGGCUACGAGCCGGUGCUCCUGCCCACGCCCAUCCUCAAGAACUACAUCGCCUUCUGCAAGUGCAUCCUCUGGCCGCUGUUCAACUCGCAGCUGGUCACCCGCAAGUACACCAAGGAGCAAUGGACGGCAUACAAGAAGGCCAACGCGGCGAUCGCCAACGCCGUGCGCGCCAUGGUGGGACCCAGUCCCGACAACGACCUCAUCUGGAUCCACAACUACCACCUCCUCCAGGUCCCCUUCGAGCUCCGCAAGCUGGGCAUCACCAGCCGCAUCGGAUUCUUCAAUCACACGCCGUUCCCGUCGAGCGAGAUGUUCCGGGCGCUGCCGAUGCGUUCGUCGCUGCUCAAGGGCGUGCUGGGCGCGGAUCUCCUGGGCUUCCAGACCUACGACGACUCGCGCCACUUCCUGAGCACCUGCACUCGCGUGCGCUACUCGGGGAGCACGACCUCGGUCGACAUCAUGCCCAUCGGCAUCGACGCCGGCUUGUGGGAGGGCCUGCGCCAGCUCGAUCAGGUCAAGAAGCGCACGGCCGAGAUCCGCAGCAUGUACGAGGGCAAGAAGAUCAUCGUCGGCCUCGACGCCCUCGACGAGACCAUGGGCAUCCACCACAAGCUCGUUGCCUUCGGUACAUUCCUGGAACGCCACCCGGAGUGGCUCGGCAAGGUGGUGCUGUUCCAGAUCUGCAGCCCGCCGGACACCCUCACCGAGGAAGGCGACACCCGCCGCAUGGAGCAGCUUCACCUCGACAUCAACGAGUUGGUCGGCAAAAUCAACGGCAAGUGGAGCAGCCUCAACUUCUCGCCGAUCAGCUACCUCUACACGGAGCUCAGCCUCGAGGAGCAGGCCGCCCUCUACGCCGCGGCCGACAUGGCCCUCCUCACUCCGCUCCGCGAGGGCAUGAACCUCGUUUCGCACGAGUUCGUGGUGUGCCAGCAGGACACGUGGGCGCCGCUCGUGGUGAGCGAGUUCGCUGGAGCUGCGCAGAGCUUGGUGGGCGCGCUCCUGGUGAACCCCUGGAACACGCGCGCCCUCACCGAGGCCAUCAUCACCGCCCUCACCAUGGACGACGAAGAGAAGAAGGCCAGGCACCAGCUCAACUGCGAGUACGUGAUGAAGAACACGGCGUCGUUCUGGGGCUCGACCUUCAUCACGGAGCUGUCCUCCAUCGAGCUCUUCAACCAAAUUCCGCCGCUCAGGUUCGACGACAUCAUGUCCGACUUCGCCAAGUCCAAGAAGCGGUUGUUCUUGUUGGACUACGACGGCACCCUCACGCCGAUCGUGAACAACCCGAUGGACGCCAUCCCGUCGCAGCGCCUGACCAGCAUCCUCACCUCGCUCACCCGCGACCCCCACAACGCCGUCUACGUGGUGAGCGGCCGCGACCGCCCCUUCCUCAACAGCUUCUUCGGCGCCCUGCCCAUCGGCAUGUCGUGCGAGCACGGCGUGUUCUUCCGCCCGUGCGGCGAGGGCCGGGACUGGGAGAUGAUCGGCGCCGAGGUGGCGGCCAAGUGGAAGGACCUGGUCCUGCCCGUGCUCCAGGAAUUUGCCAGCAGGACGCCCGGCUCCAUGAUCGAGGUCAAGGAGGUCAACCUCUCCUGGCACUACAGGAAUGCGGAUGAGGACUUUGGCCUGUGGCAAGCCAAGGAGCUGGCGGUGCACCUGCAGGACAUGGCCCAGAAGUUGCCCAUCGACGUCAUCCACGGCAAGAAGGUCAUUGAAGUGCGCCCGUCCAACAUCAACAAGGGUGCCACCGUGCGCAAGGCCCUCGCCCUCCACCCCGAUUUCGACUUCAUCUUGUGCGUGGGCGACGACCGCACUGAUGAAGAUAUGUUCUGUGCCCUCGACACGAUGGUGCGGGAGGACGAGGACAAGAUGAUCUACACGUGCACCGUUGGAAGGAAUUCGACGUCGCAGGCGCGGUACUAUCUCAGGAGCCAGACGGAGGUGAUGCGGCUGCUGGGCAUGAUGAGCGACGUGGCCGACAGCGCCACUGCCGCGCCCGCCUCUGGCCGGACCGCCAAGCCGGUCUCCCGCUUCGUUUCCUCUCCCGCCGUCUUCCAGCAGUGA